GGCGGGGCGGGGUCCUGCGCGCAGGUGAGCGGCGGGGCAGGGCGGGGCUCAGCUGCGUUUCGGUGCCUAGGCGCCACUGAAGCCACUCGCAGACACAGGCCACAGUCGUGCCCUAGGGAGACUGAGGCGCCCCCCGAGUCAUGGCCCACUCGGCCUGCGGGUUCUCCGUCGCACUGCUGGGGGCCCUGCUGCUGGGCACAGCACUCCUGCUGCGCGGGACAGAAGCAUCUGAGAUUGUUCUGCCCCAUGGAAGUGGCAUUACAGUGAGCAUCAAGCUGGUGAGCUCAGCUCUUCCUGUGAAACUCUGCUACAUUGUCAUGUCUAGACAGCGUAUAACCGAGUUGAUUAUCAGACCUGGAGAAAGGAAGUCUUUUACCUUUAGCUGCAGCAAUCCGGAGAAGCACUUUGUCUUGAAGAUCGAGAAGAAUAUUGACUGCAUGUCAGGCCCGUGUCCUUAUGGGGAGGUUCAUCUUCAGCCAUCCAUAUCAGAGCUGCCCAUCCUCAACAGAACCUUCAUCUGGGAUGUUAGAGCUCAUAAGAGCAUUGGCUUGGAGCUGCAGUUCGCAACCCCUCGACUGAGGCAGAUUGGACCAGGCGAGAGCUGUGCAGACGGGGUGACUCACUCCAUCAGUGGCCAUAUAGAUGCCACUGAGGUCAGUAUUGGGACCUUCUGCAGUAACGGCACCGUGUCCAGGAUCAAGAUGCAAGAGGGUGUGAAAAUGGCCUUACACCUACCCUGGUUCCACCCCAGGAACGUCUCAGGCUUCAGUAUUGCAAAUCGAUCAUCUAUCAAACGCCUGUGCAUCAUUGAGUCAGUAUUUGAGGGUGAAGGCUCGGCAACCCUGAUGUCAGCCAACUACCCAGGAGGCUUCCCUGAAGAUGAGCUUAUGACCUGGCAGUUUGUUGUCCCCGCACACCUAAGGGCCAGUGUCUCCUUCCUCAACUUCAAUGUCUCCAACUGUGAGAGGAAGGAGGAACGCGUUGAAUACUAUAUCCCAGGCUCUACCACCAACCCGGAGGUGUUCAGGCUGGAGGACAAGCAGCCAGGAAACAUGGCUGGGAACUUCAACCUCUCCCUGCAAGGCUGCGACCAGGAUGCCCAGAGCCCAGGAAUCCUUCGGCUGCAGUUUCAGGUCCUGGUCCAACGUCCACAGAAUGAAAGCAAUAAAACCUACACUGUGGACCUGAGUCGUGAGCGAACCAUGUCGCUCACCAUAGAGCCACGGCCAGUCAAACAUGGCCGCAAGUUUGUUCCUGGGUGCUUCGUGUGUCUAGAGUCUCGGACUUGUAGUACCAAUGUCACCCUGACAGCUGGCUCCAAACACAAGAUUUCCUUCCUGUGCGAUGACUUGACACGCCUGUGGGUGAAUGUGGAGAAAACCCUAAGCUGUCUGGAUCACCGCUACUGCUAUAGGCAGUCCUUCGAACUGCAGGUGCCUGAGUAUAUCCUCCAGCUGCCUGUGCAGCUGCAUGACUUCUCCUGGAAGCUACUGGUGCCCAAGGACAAGCUCAGCCUUAUGCUGGUGCCAAUCCAGAAGUUGCAGCAGCAUACACGAGAGAGGCCUUGUAACACCAGCUUUGGGUACCACGUGGCCAGCACCACCCCUGGACAGGACCUGUUCUUUGGUUCCUUCUGCUCAGGAGGCUCCAUCGAGAAGAUCCAAGUGAAACAAAAUAGCUCGGUGACACUGCGAGCCUAUGCUCCCAGCUUUCAACAAGAAGUCUCCAAGCAAGGCCUGAUAGUGUCCUUCAUACCGUAUUUCAAAGAGGAAGGCAUCUUCACGGUGACCCCAGACACAAAAAACAAGGUCUACCUGAGAUCACCCAACUGGGACCAUGGACUGCCUGCCCUCUCCUCAGUGUCUUGGAACAUCAGUGUGCCUAGCAACCAAGUGGCUUGUCUGACCAUCUUCAAAGAGCGUUCUGGCUUGGCCUGCCAGUCGGGGCGUGCAUUCAUGAUCAUCCAGGAGCAGCAGUCCCGGGCAGAGGAGAUCUUCAGCCUGGAGGAGGAAGUCCUGCCUAAGCCAAGUUUCCACCACCACAGCUUCUGGGUUAACAUCUCCAAUUGCAGCCCCGUGAAUGGCAAGCAGCUAGAUUUGCUCUUCUGGGUGACUCUUACUCCGAGGACUGUGGAUUUGGCUGUCAUCAUUGGUGCAGCAGGAGGCGGAGCUCUGUUGCUGUUUGCCCUGGUACUCAUCAUCUGCUUUGUGAAAAAGAAGAAGAAGGUGGAUAAGGGUCCUGCUGUGGGUAUCUAUAAUGGCAAUGUCAACACCCAGAUGCCCCAGACCCAAAAGUUCCCAAAAGGGCGAAAGGACAAUGACUCCCAUGUGUAUGCUGUCAUCGAAGACACCAUGGUAUAUGGGCACUUGCUGCAGGACUCCGGUGGAUCCUUCAUCCAACCAGAGGUGGACACCUACCGGCCCUUCCAGGGCCCCAUGGGAGACUGCCCUCCCACCCCACCCCCUCUAUUCUCCAGGACCCCAACUGCAAAGUUCACUGCAGAUGAGCUGGCUCCUAGUAGCCCUCCUGAGUCUGAGAGUGAGCCCUACACUUUCUCACAUCCCAACAAGGAGGAGGUUGGUGUCAGGGAGACUGGCAUCCCCUUGCUCCAUAUCCAGGGACCAGUGGAGACUGAAGAGUAACUUGGCCCCAUUCCAAAGACUUUGCUGAGAUGCAUGGCACCAGACAUUGAGACAUGAAGAACUGUCCCAUCAAGAAGUCAGAGGGAAGCACAAUCGGCUAGAAGAAAGAGUAGCUUUUGCAAGGUGCUAUCAAAUCUUGAUCUUCUGGUGGACUGCUUCCAGUGAUGAGCAAAGCAUGACUUCUGAUGGGGAUGCCAUCCUAAAGCUCAGGCCUUCCUGAACUCAGGUUGUGUUGGGGCUGGCCACAGGGACAGAAGAGAGACAUGAUCCACCCAGACAAGACUACAAUGAGCCCUGGAGUCCUGGAUUCCCAAUGACAAGCAGGGACUUGGCUGAUUCCCAGGGGCUCCACUUGAGGUCUCUGCUGUCAUUGGAGUCCUAUGGAUGAAAACGGCAAUGUCCUUUUUUAUUAGUAGUAGUAGUAUUUAUUUGGCGGUCCUGUAUGUUUUUUAAAAGUAGAAUGUGGAGCUGAGGGUGUAGCCAAGUUGGUAGAACGCUUGCCUAACGUGCACAAAGCUCUGGGCUCCAUCCUGCAUAAAAGCAGGCAGGAUGGUACACACCUGUAAUCUCAGGAAGAUCAGAAUUUCAAGUCAUCAUCAAGUAUGCAGUGAGCUGAAGGCCCCCUGGUCUGUGUAAGACCCUCUCGAGAACACGCACAGCUCUUUUGACCCCUGUAGUAAUGGCUCGUGCUAACUGGUUUGGACAGCUGUGCUUUGGUUUUUGCACACCACCAGAUAAAUGUACACCUGUGGGGAAGAUGAAACCCAGCCAGAAGAGUAUCAGCAUGUAUGUGUCUCUUACUCAAUAAGGGAUUUCCCAAUCCUCCUUGACUGCCUAUAGCUGUCCCACUGCAGAAUUUAUCACAAAUCCCCUCAUCCCCUACUCCUAGAAAUAAGAGAAAGUUCCUUGAGCUGCCCUGUGUGGUGUGUGGUUCUCCCAGCUGCAGCAAUACUUUGACAUGUAAACAGAAAAUCUGAGAAUAACUUGAUCCUUUAAAAAUAUAUAAAUAUAGGCAGUGGUGGUACAUGCCUUUAAUUCCAGAACUUGGGAGACAGAGGCAGGCAUAUCUCGAUGAGUUUGAGGCCAAUCUGGACUAUAUAGUGAGUUCUAGGACAGCCAGGGCUACACAGAGAGACCCAGCUACACAGAGAAACUUGAUAAAACAAAACACAAAAA